AUGAGACUCAAAUCUUCAGCCAUUUGCCUCAUUGCAAGCUGCGGCUCACUUUGUAGUGCCACAAACCGCGUCCUCAAGCAUGGUUCUCCUGAAUCAGUGGGGCUUCUCGCCGAGCCUCUUGAACAGCUGCCACUGAACUUGAGCCAGUACACUAUUCCAGCCAAUUAUGGAACUGCUUCACACAAUGUGAUCCACCCCAUUCAGCCGGGAGGCUCUGUUGUUAUCGGUCACAAGUCCACCAUUGUGAGCUCCUUCGCUUUCGGAAAUACGAAUCUGUAUGCAGACUCCAAUGGCACAUUGCUUCCACCCGCAGAGCGGACCCGGGCCAAAAUAGACACAAUCUACGAUAUGGCCAGUCUGACCAAAGUGUUUACUGCGGUAGCCGCAUUGCGCGCGAUUGAUGAGGGCAAGCUAAGCUUGGACAAGACCGUCGCAUCGUACCUUCCUGAGUUCGCUGCCAAUGGGAAGAGUGACAUCACUGUCCAGAUGCUGUUGACCCAUACAAGUGGCUUCGCUCCGGACCCUCUGCCUGGACUGUAUGAAGCACCCUACAAGACUAUGCAGCAGCGCGUCAAAGCUGUCAUCGAGCAUGAGCUCGAAAAUGCUCCUGGAUCUACAUACACCUACUCAGAUCUGAACUUUAUGAACCUGCGCUUCUUGCUGGAGAAGGUCACUAAAACACCAUUUGAGGAGUAUGUCUAUUCAUACACCCGUGCUCUCGGCAUGACCAGCACCUUUUUCAACAAGGGAAAUAACCAGUCCCCUAAAUUCCGUCACUACGCACGCAUGGCGCCGACAGAGUACCAGAUCGAAGUUCUGGGAGACGCCGAGCCCAAACGUCCCCAGCCAGUGCGAGGAACCGUGCACGACGAGAAUGCCUGGGCUCUUAAUGGUGUGAGCGGACACGCCGGCCUCUUUUCGACCGCCGGGGACGUGGCAAUCUUCUGCCAGAUGAUCUUGAACAACGGCACAUAUGGCGGCAAGCAGAUACUGAAGCCAGAGACUGUGGACUUGAUGUUCACGAAUUUCAAUACCGCAUUCCCUGGUAAUGAGCAUAGUAUCGGGUUCGAGCUCAACCAGAGCUAUUUCUCGGGACCCAUGGCCAAUAUGCUGGCUGGAGGCCACACGGGCUUUACUGGUACCACGCUUGUUGUUGAUCGGAAGUCGGAUACCUUUAUGGUCAUGUUGGCCCAUCGUGUGUAUCCGAGCCGGAACUGGGCGAGUAACAAUAUUGUUCGGGAGGCGGUAGGGUAUUGGGUUGCCCGCUCGCUUGGUCGGGAUGUUUCCUUUCCAUAA